CAAGCAACUCGGUCUGGCAACUCCAAUUUUGUAUUUAGUGGUCACACUGGUUCUUAUGUUCCGGUUCUUGCCGCGUUUUCGACAACUAUUUAUAAUGACUGGAGGAACUCCACCCAAGCGCUCUUCUUUGUGGAUUGGCACCCACAGCGGCACUUUCCACUGCGAUGAGGUCGUUGCAUGCUUCAUGCUGAAGAAGCUGCCAGAGUACGAACAUGCGGAAAUUUUCAGGAGCCGGGACGACAAGGCACUGCGGGAAAAGUGCGACAUCAUUGUGGACGUAGGCGGCGAGUAUGAUCAUGCCAAGAAAUGGUACGAUCAUCACCAGAAAUCCUUUACAGAAACCUUCAAGAGCAUUUGUCCCGAAGUCAGCGAAGAGUUCAAUGUUAUCAGGCUAAGCAGCGCUGGCUUAAUAUACAGUCACUAUGGCGAACGAAUCAUCCAGAGCAUCUUGCAACAGGAAAAGGGCAUCCAACUCUCGCCAGAGAACCUAAAGUUGGCCUUCACACAGAUCUACCGGAAUUUUAUCAGCGAACUGGAUGCCAUUGACAACGGAGUACCCAUGUUCGAAGGCGGGGAACCUGUAUACAAAGUGUCCACUCAUCUAUCCGCUCGUAUUGGAAAACUGAAUCCCUCCUGGCAGGAGGUCGGCGUGGACAUUGACCAGCGAUUCCAAAAGGCAAUGGAAAUUGCUGGACGAGAGUUCGUCGAAAACGUUCUGGAGGUUGUCUGCUCGUGGAUUGCGGCCAGGGAUCAUGUCCGAGCGGCUCUGGAAGGAGCAAAAAACGUUUAUCCAACUGGCGAGAUUCUCGUACUGAAGACCUUCUGCCCCUGGAAGGCUCAUCUGGCCGACCUAGAGAAGGAAUACAAUGUGGAGGGAGUGCCCAAACUUGUCAUAUUUAACGACGGCACAGGCUAUCGAGUGGCCGGAGUGCCCGUAACACCCAGUAGCUUCCUGGGACGCAAGUUUCUGCCCACGCCGUGGCGAGGAUUGAGGGAUGAUGAUCUUAGUGAGAAGACAGGCAUCAAAGAUCUCGUGUUCGUUCAUCACAAUGGCUUUAUCGGCGGCGCUAAAAAUGAAGAGGCCGCCAUGGCGAUGGCCAUAAAGUCAAUCGAGUGGUCGGAGGAGCAAUAACUCCAGUUUUGUACCUCAAAUUAAUUGUAAUAUUAAGCGAAAAAAUGUUUUAAAAUAAAUAAAGCCUCAUUUCUCUUUUCUGAACGAUG